CUCGCUGGCCGGCCAGAGCUGGUGACUGGCUGCCUCUCUGAGUCAGUGUCAGAAGCCCUCAGGAGCUGCUGGGUCCAGGUUGUGGCCCUCUGUCCCCGCAGAUCCGCCGCAAUCCCAUCAUAGGAAGCUCCAGCUCUAAAAUGUCCAGCCGAGCCAUCUGCCGGGAGGCCAGUCACGCCGGGAGCUGGUACCCGGCGUCAGGACCUCAACUCAACGCACAAUUAGAAAGCUGGCUUGCCCAGGCACAAUCCACUGGGAGACCGGCUAGUGCUAUCAUUGCACCUCAUGCAGGGUACACGUACUGUGGAUCUUGUGCUGCUCAUGCUUAUAAACAAGUGGACCCAUCCAUCACACGCAGAGUUUUUAUCUUGGGACCGUCGCACCAUGCACCUCUAUCUCGCUGUGCUUUAUCCACUGCAGAUAUUUAUAGAACGCCUUUGUAUGAUCUACGCAUCGAUCAAAAGAUUUAUGGAGAGCUGUGGAAGACGGGAAUGUCUGAGCGGAUGACGACCCAAAUAGAUGAAAACGAACACAGUAUUGAGAUGCAUUUACUUUACACAGCUAAAACCAUGGAAAGCCAAAAAGAUGAGUUAACUAUUGUUCCUGUUUUGGUUGGAGCACUGAGUGAUUCCAAAGAACAGAUGUACGAGUAGCUGUUUAGUAAAUACCUUGCAGAUCCUCUAAAUCUCUUUGUGAUUUCAUCAGAUUUCUGUCACUGGGGACAACGUUUCCAAUACACGCAUUAUGAUGAGAGUCAAGGGGAGAUCUACAGAUCAAUUCAGCACUUGGAUAAAAUGGAUAUGGUUAUUAUAGAGCAACUAGAUGCUGUAUCAUUUAACAACUAUUUGAAGAAAUACCACAACACUAUCUGUGGUCGCCACCCGAUUGGUGUUCUGCUCAAUGCGGUGACGGAAUUGAGGAAGAGUGGGAUGAACAUGGCUUUCUCGUUUCUGAACUACGCUCAAU